AUGGAGUUUUAUUUAGAAAUUGAUCCUGUAACUUUAAACUUAAUAAUACUAGUGGCCAGUUAUGUCAUUUUACUAUUGGUUUUUCUUGUAUCCUGCGUGCUUUAUGACUGCAGGGGGAAGGAUCCGAGUAAGGAAUAUGCUCCAGAUAACGUUCCCGAAAAUAGGGCCCCUAUACGCCUAGUGGUAAUGCAGCAGAGUGCGAAUUGGGGGAAACCUUACAACAGCAAAUCACAUAUAUUGGAAAAAAGAAUCACUGUUGUCUGA